CUGCCUGCCAUGAGGAUGGCCCUGGCCCUGGUGCAGGGCUGCUGCCCCUCUCGCUGGACCACAUUGCUCUCUCCAGCUGGCUCCAGAAGUAGAAGGGAUGUUCGCUCUGUAUCUCUGUCUUCAUUUUCACAAGCAUUAGCAAAGAGACUUAAGUAGAUGGAGAAGUGCACUGAUGUGAAAGGAGAUUGGGUGUUAGAUUUUUGAAAAGCCAUUGUUAAGCUAAAAAAGGAAAUGGCAAGCUGUAAAGGUUGACAAAGCUCCUCUGUAAGGGACUCUUAUUUUGCUGUGUACAUUUGUUUUCUCUUGCUUACUAAAGGGAUAAAGUGCAAUCUAGGUUUCAGAGAGAGAUGGCUGAUUAAUCUGUCUGCCAGGUACAUAUGGAAAUAAAUUAGCAAAUGGUGCAUCUGGGAUUAAACUACUGCAGAGAUGAUAAAUUAUUGCCAUCUUCCAUGGCUGUAUUACUGAAGCUUCACUGGGUUCCCAGUACGUGGUUACUUGCUAUUCACAUGGUAUCAUCGUGGCUGUGGAAUGGAAAGCCUCUAUAUUUGAAGCAAUUUUCUAUGAUAUGCUAGUUUGGGAACAGAUCUGGCCAGACUUAUAAGGAUAUGCAGUAUACUUAGAUUAAGUAUAAGCGAAGAUAUUUGAUUCGGUCCUUCUGUUCUGCUCUGCUGGAAAUUCUGCUGGUUUCUGAGGGCAGGAAUGCUCAGGAAGGGAAAGACAAGGACUUGCAAGAGGUUUUUCCCCUAUCUGCAGUCACCCCCCACCCUUUACCCCAAAUAGCAGAGUUAUCUAUUCUAGCAUAAAGUUGUGAGGGACUGGAAGUGAGCAUCCUCUGGCCUGAACCUCUCCCACACCCUCAUCUUGACCCAGAUGCAGCUCCAGAUUGCACAACUCCAUCUUAUCUCUGAGAUCAAGACUGAGAUGAAACACCCUGUGGGCAGGUGGUAUUUGCAUUGAAUCCUGAUACAGGCUUCUCAGCUGUGUUUCUGCUUCUGCUGCAUUUUUCAUGUCCAUUUAAACUGAUGUAUAGCUGCUGGGCUGGCAGCUGAGACAUACCAGCAGUGCCUACAGCAGGACAUGCAAGUGGAGUAAACGCCACAGCAGACACGUGGUGUGCUGCCUUUCUGGAGGAAGAAAGGGUCCACAUAGACAGCCAUGGUACAGGUCCACUGUGUCUUUAGGGUUGGCAGGGUGGAAGAGCCGGGCUUGAGGGGCAGUUGCUGUGUGACUGUGCUCUCUGUUCUUCUUCUCCGAGUCACUCGCUGUGGAGUUGCUGUCUAAAUGGGUCCAGUCAUGCCUCCCAGUAAGAAGCCAGAGGGCUCAGGAAUUAGCGUUCCCAGCGGAUUGAGCCAACGUUACCAAGAUAGUGAUUUAUCCAAGGCACUUCACGAUGACGAAGACCUAGAUUUCUCUUUGCCUGCCAUCAGAUUAGAUAAAGGGGCCAUGGAAGAUGAAGAACUAACUAAUUUGAACUGGUUACACGAGAGCAAGAACUUGCUGAAAAGCUUUGGGGACUCGGUGUUAAGGAGCGUUAGCCCCGUUCAGGACAUUGGUGAUGACACGCCGCCGUCUCCUGCCCACUCUGACAUGCCCUAUGAUGCCAAGCAGAACCCCAACUGCAAACCUCCUUACUCCUUUAGCUGCCUCAUAUUUAUGGCCAUUGAGGACUCGCCAACCAAAAGACUGCCUGUAAAGGAUAUAUACAACUGGAUCUUGGAACACUUUCCAUAUUUUGCAAAUGCACCCACUGGAUGGAAAAAUUCUGUGAGACAUAAUCUGUCCUUGAAUAAGUGUUUUAAGAAAGUGGACAAAGACAGAAGUCAGAGUAUUGGAAAGGGGUCCUUGUGGUGUAUAGACCCAGAAUAUAGACAAAAUCUUAUUCAGGCUUUGAAAAAGACACCCUAUCACCCAUAUUCGCAUGUGUUCAGUACACCUCCCACAUCUCAGGCAUAUCAAAGCACAUCAGGUCCACCCAUUUGGCCAGGAAGCACCUUUUUCAAGAGAAAUGGAGCCCUUCUACAAGAUCCUGACAUUGAUGCUGCCACUGCCAUGAUGCUUUUGAAUACUCCCCCUGAGAUACAAGCAGGUUUUCCUCCGGGAGUGAUACAAAAUGGAGCUCGAGUUCUGAGUAGAGGAAUAUUUCCUGGAGCCAGGCCAUUGCCAAUCAAUCCUAUUGGAAGCAUGGCUGUUGCAGUAAGAACUGGUUGGAAAUCUUUCAAAAUGAAUGGAAUAACCAACUGCCGGAUGCGGACAGAAAGCGAACAAUCUUGUGGCUCUCCAGUUGUUAGCGGUGACCCAAAGGAGGAUCACAAUUACAGCAGUGCCAAAUCUUCCAACCACAGGAGCGCAUCACCUGCUAGUGACUCCGUUUCCUCUUCCUCUGCUGAUGACCAGUAUGAAUUUGCAACUAAAGGUAGCCAAGACAGCAGUGAAAGAAGUGAAGUUAGCUUCCAGAGCCACGAGAGCCAUAGUGAAACAGAAGAGGAGGACAAAAAGCAAAACCGGAAGGAGACCAAGGAUUCUUUAGCUGACAGUGGGUAUGCAUCCCAGCACAAGAAAAGGCAACAUUUAAUGAAGGUGAAAAAAGUACCAAGUGACACACUGCCUCUUAAAAAGAGACGUACAGAAAAGCCCCCUGAGAGUGAUGAUGAGGAGAUGAAAGAAGCGGCAGGAUCACUCCUGCAUUUAGCAGGAAUUCGAUCCUGUUUGAACAACAUCACCAAUCGGACGGCAAAGGGGCAGAAAGAGCAAAAGGAAACCACAAAAAAUUAGAACAAAUAAAUGAUUUGUUUGAACUUACAAAGUUUUGUUUCAUCACGUCAGGUGAAUUCUAAUGAUUUGUGGCAAUAUCAGCAAUUUUUUCCUUUUUUGUUUUUCUUUCUUUUUGUUUUUGGUUUGUGGUUUUUUUUUUCUUUCCUUUUUUUUUUUUUUUUUUUGACCCUUAAGAUUUUUAUUUUUAAAGGAGAUUGAAGCCAUAGAACUCAUACUGACACUCAGCUAAUUUACAAAAGCUUUUCAUAACCUGAAGACAAAAAGUUAACAAAAGCAAAAGCCAGAAUCACCAUUGCUUUCUCCGGCUUGUCAAAAAUGCAUGGUUGAAUACGCAGUGACAUCAACACUGUAAAAUUGGGCACUUGGAAAUCCCUCUUACACUAGAAGAGCUGUGCAUAAUUUAGUAAUCAUUCAGGCCUGGCCCUUAAGAAUUGUUUUUAAUGGCCUUACGAUUGGGUUAGCAGUGAAUGUGAAUAAAGAGAUUUGGGGGAAGGAGGAGGCACAUACUUCUCAACACCAAGAACCAUCUAGUGGCACUUGGAUACGUUGUGCCAUAGAAGUCUUUGGACGGCCACUGGUGGCAACUGCGCAAACCGUAAUGCACUUUUAGUGCUUCUUGUACUAUAUGUGGCUCAUAAUGUGAAGACUGAUAACUUUAAGUUUGGGGGAAAUUUGAACUAUGUAUGCAAUGGGUUUCAGUGAAAUAACGAGAAGAAAUGGGAGGGGGGGUCACUGUUAGUAGCAUCGUUAAUCAUUGAGUUCUGUCUUCUAUAUUAAAUUAAAAGAAUGUUCAAAAAGCCAUAAGCCCGAAGAUUGGCACUGCGUGCAAAAAAUAAUAGUAAUAGGGAAAAACAAGCUAUGUCUUCUAAACUGCCUGAGUAAAAAGCAAUCGAGUCUAAGAAAUUACAGUAGAUAUUAAGGAAGGAAAUACAUCAGAAUCUGUUUCUGUGGAUCAAAUCCUUGAUCUAAGUGGGGAAACAAAGCUACAAAACCUGCCAUUAGUAGUAUUCUGUAUUUAAAAAUAAGAGGAAAGCAUAUUGGUGAACAGUAAAACUCAGAAGUUCAACAAAAGAUCUCCUACACUGCCCUCGGAAAUGAGUGCGCAGUUACUGUCAGUCAGGAUUCAUCUGUGCAAAAGUGACAACAGAUUUCCAGAACCAACCAGCGUAGCCAGCAGAAGAAAUUGAUCCACAUUGCAUGGAUUCCUUUUGGGAAGGGGGGAAUACAAAAAGCAAACGAUUUUUUUUAUUCAAAGAUGACAAAGUUCUUGUAAGGUAAAUAAUGUAUUUAGCAUGAAGCAUGAAUUAUUUUCAUAUAAAUAUAGAAAAUAGAGAAAAAGGCUAUGCCUCUAAUUUUUAAGCCCUUAGGCUUAGAGUUGGUUUUUUGGGUUUUUUUUUUUUUUUGUUUGCUUUGUUUUUGUUUUGUUUCAUUUUUUUUUUUUUGUUGUUGUUGUUGUUGUUGGGUUGUUUGUUUUUUUUUUGAAGCAGGUGUUCAAGGUUUAACCUUCUUCAGGGACAAACACUGACUGUUGGGGAACUUACUCUGCAAUAUUAAAAUCUUCAUGCUCUGGUAGGGCUUGGAUGGUUGAAUUAUACUGCCUUGUCUGCACAUUCAGCCCCGCCCCCUACUUCUGUUUAACAAAAAAAAGAAAAAAAAAAAGAAAAAAAAAAGUAAAAUGUGUCCUUUCUUCGUCUGUACAUGUGUAACAUGACGCAAUAAUCUGAGGGCAAAUUUAGUAGUGAGUGUGUAUGACAGAAUCAAGAGAAUAAUGGGAGGUUAAUCGAGGAAAACUCUCUGGUUUGAUUCAGGAAUAAAUAGACAAGAAAAUAGCUUUGCUAAUUUGCCAUGAGAAAAUGAAGUUAGUAAAGAGCCUUACUGAGGUGUCCAGAGAAUAACCAGUGUUACAGAGAGUGUGAUUCAGGUAUAGUGCUACUCUCCUGGUGAUGACAACUAUUAGAUUGGAGAUCCCUACAGCAGAGGGAAGCUGUGAAAUAAAUAAGAUAGUCUCUCUCACCCAGAUUCAUGAAUUUGGCAUGAUAAAUUCUACACGUAGAAUAUCCUAGAGGCAAGAAGAAAAUCACAGGAACCAACCACUUGACAGAACAACAUGGUCUGUUUCUUAAAAAGAAUACAGGUUUAUAUUUAUCCAUAACAGCUGUUUCAGGCAGCAGUUUCACCAAGAUGGAUCUAGUUUAUGAACAGAGAUUUAAAGAAGGGUUUGACUUUCCACUCAGGGGAGUGAACUAAAAAUUGCAUUUGGAGAUGCCUGUGGUGUGUGUUCAGUUAGGAGGUGGAAGGACUGAAGGGCAGGCUGGCUGGACUUGUUCCUGUGCUCUGCAAGCAUUUUGCCAUGUAACAAACAGGGCCACACUAAGGGCAUCACAGCAAAACGGUGCUUCUCUUCCAUCUCAGCCCAUGUGUCCUGGGAUCUUCAGGAGCUGUCUGACAGCUGCUGGAGCCCAGCACAACUGCCAACUAUGCAGAUAAGGAAGGAGAGAGAGAGUGAUAGUGCAAGGAACAGCUCUCUGCCUGCCUCAGUUUGCUGGGACUGAUGCAUGCGGGGUUGAUUCCCGGCAUUGGUUAAGUCAGGAGUACAUAGAUACUAACUUUUGUUGGCUGCCUGCAUCCCUUAGAAUAAAGUUGGUGGAAAAUAGGAAGGACCAGUCCCUUGGCCAGGUAGCACAGAGAUGAAUGAGCCAUAGCUUUUCUCAUAUGUGAUUGGACUGGGAUAAUUGGCUUCUGCCCAGAUCCAUGCUCCCUACAGCCAGAGUCCGCAGGCAGUGAAUCACACAACCACUGCACAAGAAAACUGGUUCCUUCUUCUUUAUAUGGACUUUGGGGAGAGUUAUUUGAAAUACGACAUUAUUAGAGUAUCAGUUUGCCACUACCUUUGCUCAUUAAUGCACAGUUGUACCAGCUCAGGGGUGGUUUAAUACUUAUCUAGAAGCAACAUUGAAAAGUCAGAUUUAGUGGCAGAAAAUACACGCAAACCAUGGCUCAGCCGUCUCUGUCCUCCGGAGAAAGCGGUGUGGUUGUGUGCCAGUGGCCAGAUUCUGUCCACAGUAACGACACUAAUUCCAGAGCAGCUUCACUGAUUGCAGCGUGUCAGUGCAAAUGAGAUCCGUAUCUGCUGAACAAGUACCAUUCAUUAAUGUGGACUCUUGGUGGCUAAACAUAUAAUUACCACUAGUAUUACUCACCUUAGAAAACAGUCAUUUUGCAUAAAUAACUAAUUAGGCAGAUUAUCUUUAUAUAUAUAUAUAUAUGAUCUAAGACUUCAAAAACUCCUUUAUAUACUUGCUGGUAAACCUAAAAUGUUGGCAAGCAUCUAUUUUCAUGUCAAAUUUGUUGCUCCUAGUCUGACCUGCUGAAGAGGUAGUAUUCGGUAGGAGUUCACAAAGUUACGUUCUGGAACCAGCAGUUUGGCUGGGGGCUAAUGCCAUCAGCGUAUUAUUUCUGGCAUUUAAAAACAACUUGUCCUUAUUGACCCUUACUCUGACUGUUGAUGAGAAGUGCAGAAUUUGGAUUAUAUAAAAUAUUUGGGAGUCACCUUUUAAACCGUUUGUGUGCCUGGCUGGCAAUGGCAGCUUUGUCGGAACAGUCAGGCAAGUUCUCUUCUGUUGUAAGAAUUGAGACUGAUUUGUUUUCCAAAAAAUAUAGUGUCAGCCUUUCAAUCCAGUUGUCUCUACUUUGACUGAAUCAUGUCAAAAUGGAGUGGUAAUUGCACUGUAUUAUGAACUCUCACUUGCCAGACAUGAGGUGGUUUGGGUUUGCUUGUUUGCUUUCCUUACUAAGCCAUUUUAGGGAGAGAAGUUGUCGGAUCUCUAACUUUCCAUUUUCCUCACUCUAUCAGUAUUGCCAAAUUAGCAUUUCUCCAAGACAGGUGGGGCUUGGGGAAUCCUGGUAGGUCAGCAAGCAUUCAGUGGUGAGUUUCAGGUAGGCGUUAGUUGUAAGGGUCACUCGACUUCAUGGUGGGUUCCUUUAGAAUAUGCCUUUUGCAGCAAGAAGCUCUUGCAGGCCAGAGCUAAUGGUGCAAGCAGAUUUCACCAGUCUGCAGGGAGGUGAAAUCUGCUGGUUGUGCUCAAUGUUCUGCAAGGAAUUGGGUGUCCUGCUGCAUUUUGAUGCAGAGUCUGUCUGCAUUUAAAAAUUAAAGCACAGGUCUUGAGCAACUUUAAUGUAUCACCCCGUAGCUGUUUCUGAAAGCAGUCUGAUUCUGACCUUCUCCUGGCAAAACCAGCAGUAGUUCUGCUAAGAUCACAGGGGUUUACAGCUGAAAAGCGUCAUGUGGGAGCAAGGAGGUGUGCCAUGUAGGACUAGACAACUCUCCCAUAACUCUGUUCUCUCUGGCAAUUCAAUUGAGGUCCAUACUCUGGCUCCUCUCCUAUGUUAGCAGGAGAAGGGAAUCCCAAAGGAGGGGCAUCAGCUCCCAGUGUUUGACUGAAUUACUGUCUACCUUUGGAAAAGAUACAGAGAAACUGUGGGGGCUGCAUUCUUCACUGGAGUGAGGUACAGUUACAUCGACAUGCUUUAGCGUGAGAGAAUGAAAUCCUAUAUUGUGCACCAAAUGGCACCAGGGAUAAAAUGACCAAAACAACACUUUGUCCCAGUUUCUGGGUAGCUGCGAUUGAUUUUCACUGAGAUAGUGGCUUCCAAAUUGUCUAAAGAUGUAGAAAGGCGCAAUCUGAGGUUUUCUAGAAGGUGAAGGUGUCUGAUCUC